AUCAAACAGUAGCGAGCUCUGCUUCAGGUCAACCUUGGAGCGAAGCAGCGAGUGAGCGGCCGCCUUUGGAUGCCUUGCUUACAGUCACAGAUUAGUUGAAUUUGAUACCAGUUUUACGCUCAUCGGGAUUGCGAUUGUGAAACAUCAAGAUGGUAUAUGAAAUAACUGAGAAACAAAAGGUUGGCUUGGGUCUUAUCGGCUUCGGCAUUUUCUUCUCAUUUCUUGGUGUAAUUCUCUUCUUUGACAGGGGUCUGCUUGCAUUAGGAAAUAUAUUGUGGUUAGCAGGGGUGGCAAUUUUGAUUGGUUGGUAUUCUACUUUGCAGCUUUUCACUAACCGAAAAAACUUCAAGGGUUCUACUUCUUUUCUUCUGGGGCUCUUUUUCAUAUUUGUUCGUUGGCCAAUAGUUGGUAUAAUCUUGGAGAUAUACGGUUGCCUUGUUCUUUUUGGUGGCUUUUGGCCUUCUGUAAGUGUCUUCCUCGGUCAGAUUCCAGUUGUCGGAUGGGUUAUACGGUAUCCUUUCAUGUUCCUUAAUCGCUUGAGAAGGGGUUCGGAUUGAAUACAUGGUGUGAACUAUCUGAUGUUAAUCUUAUCUAAGGCAUGACUUAUUUGAAAAGUCAGAGAUUUAAAGUUCUACUACAAUGUCCAAGAAGGCAAGAAGUUCAGACAACAAUGCAUAGGUUGAUUUGGCAAUUUAUAUUUUUUGUCUAUAUCUUGAAAAGGAUCGGCGAAAGAGGCUAUAUUGCAGGUUAAAUUGAUCUGUGUUGUAAAACUUGUGUCAAUGAGAUAAGUAGUACCCCAACUGAAUAUGUAAGUGUUUGAUAUCUGUUGCCUUUGGAAGUAGGACUGCAAGAAUUUAUCUUUAGCAAAUUACUCAAAUCUUGUUUCAAGUUUGAUUUUAUUUUUCUUACUGAAAACUCCAUUUCAAGAAUUAUAGUAUUUUAGUUAUCAAAUUUGAAGCAUCGUCUACAUUAGUUUAUGUAAGCUAAGCUUCCUGUAAGUUUUCCAUGAUUGGAAAGGGAGACAGAAAAGAAGCUGAAACAGAUUUUCAUUAAGGAUUCAUGAUGUUUGACAAAAAUUUGAGGAAAACAAAGAUGAAAAUUUAAGGGAAAAACAAAAGAAAAAACUUGUUGUGUUGCUGCUGAAUGGUUGAAAGUAGCAUAGUACACAGCUGAAAUAUUAGAAACAAACAAUUGUUCACACACAAUAACUUUAGGCUAUUAUUUCUUGGUUGUAGCUGAAUAAUUAUGAACCAUAAGUUUCAACCACAUACAUUAGAUGUAGGGUCUUGAUUGAGCCAAAACCUUACAUUUUUUUUGGUCCUGGAGCUGGAAUCCCAUCUUCGCUUGAGGGCACAAACAACACCCAUCCGAUACCCUAUGAUAUCUGGGUUUUGAAUUAAAUUUUUGUUCAUUCUUAAUAUGUCACUUACAUUAGCAGAUAGCAGAGAAGCAAUAUCCCAUAAAGUAUCAUUUUGCUGAACUGUAUAUGUCACUAUGAUUUGAGUGUCACUUGCUGCACACCCGCACAACAGAUGCAUGGACACUAUGUUUCCCACAAUAAAAUUUUCUUCUCCGAGAUCCAAAGCUUGUCCACUGUAUAUCUGAGUUGAAACAUUUAUAAACGUAUCGUUCUGUUGAACUACAUAGGAUGUGUCGUAGAAGUAUGCAUUAGAGCCAUUAAUAUGUAUGCAGGAACAAGGCACUGAUGAUAUGAGAUAAUCUUGCUUGUUUCCACGGAAAAUGGGAUCGAUCUGGCAUGAGCUAAUAUUGUAAAAAUUGGAGAUUUCAUCUUUUGGCAGGGCCAUAAUCGAUGUGGUAUAACGAGGCAUUACAUGUCUUGAUGCUUUUGGAGCAAGCAAGAGGGUACAUGACAGAUGAUGAUUCCAGGGAGACCUUGGAGGCAAAAGCUAUAGAAGAUGAUUCCAGGGAAGGAGAUGAUGAGAAGCCAUGAUGAAAAGAAUUUUUGGAAGGUAACAAAGAGAACGAAAAUGGAUGACUCUUUGCCUUGAGUCGCUUGAACGGAUGAUAUAAUGUUGGACUAUUGGACUCUUAGUUUCAGUAAUCUGAAUUCAAAUCAUGACAACUUCAAAUAAAAAACAAAGAAAAAAAAUGAUGACUUUGUUGUUUGUUCCUAUAGAAAUGCCCGCCCUUUUUCAAGGUUCCUUCAUUCUGGUUUGCUGAUGGGUGAUGUCUUUAUGCAUAUCAGAAAUAUCCGCCACUUUCCCAAGUUUUUACAAGAAAAGUUUAAGAUUGCCUUUGCCACUUUCCUAAGUUUUUUCAAGAAAAGUUUAAGAUUGCCUUUGGAACUUAAGUUUGCAAUAAUCAUAAUAAUUUGGAUUGCAAAUUUAAUAUAAAGUGUAUAAUAAUAUUUUAGGGUAUAAUACUGGCAUCUUAUAUUUUAUUCUUCCAAUUCAUUCAUAUAAGCAUUACGAUUUGUUAUGGAUAUGGUUAACAAGUGUUUAAAUA